UCUAUCUCACUCCAUCUCCCAGUCUCUAUCUCUCCUCCCUUCUCUGCCUCUGGACCCACUGCCUGCCUCUACCACUGUUGCUCUCUGCCUGCCUGACCUGUCCUCAGGCUGAGGAUAACUCAUCAGGAAGAGGAGUUUGUCUAAUAAGGGAACAUCUACACUGGUGAAAGAUUCCCACACUAGGAUGCAGCGGAUCCGGGAGGGCAUCCACAUAAGGACCAUGAAGGCCAAGAGGAAAGUGGAGGACAUCUCUAAGGAAGAUGUCCAGGCCUUCUUCAAGAAGAACGCCUUUGUGCUCUUUACUGUAGCGGCCGUUGUUGUAGGUAUAAUCCUUGGCUUUGCACUGCGUCCCUAUAAAAUGACCUACCGAGAGGUGAAGUACUUCUCUUUCCCUGGAGAGCUGCUGAUGAGGAUGCUGCAGAUGCUGGUGCUUCCCCUGCUGGUAUCCAGUCUCAUCACAGGCAUGGCAGCGCUGGACAGUAAGGCUUCAGGAAAGAUGGGUAUGCGAGCUGUGGUGUAUUACAUGACCACCACCAUUAUCGCUGUCAUCAUAGGCAUCAUCGUGGUGCUCAUCAUCCACCCUGGGAAAGGAUCUAAGGAUGAGUUCAUGAAACAGUCGAAGAUAGAGGACAUCAGCCCUGCCGAUGCCUUCCUGGAUCUUAUCAGAAACAUGUUUCCACCAAACAUGAUCCAGGCCUGCACACAGCAGUUCAAAACCAAAUACGGGAAGCGAAUCGUCCAUGUGACGGUGACAGUGAACGACUCUGUCUUCAACAUGACCAACCUGACCGAGCAGAUCACCAGGGAGGAGGUGAUCCCCAUCCCGGGCACGGUGAACGGGGUCAACGCCCUGGGGCUGGUGGUCUUCUCCAUGUGCUUCGGCCUCAUCAUCGGCAACAUGAAGGAGCAGGGCCAGCCCCUCAGGGAGUUCUUCGACAGCCUCAAUGAGGCCAUCAUGAGGCUGGUCGCCAUUAUCAUGUGGUAUGCCCCAAUCGGUAUCCUGUUCCUCAUAUCGGGGAAAAUCGUGGAGAUGGAUGACAUCACUGAGAUGGGUGGUCAGCUGGCCAUGUACACCAUCACGGUGAUCAUAGGCCUUUCCAUCCAUGCUUUCAUCAUCCUCCCAGGCCUGUACUUCGCCAUCACACGGCUGAACCCCUUCAUCUUCAUCAUGGGGCUGGUGGAGGCCCUCAUCACAGCCCUGGGAACCUCCUCCAGCUCAGCAACCCUGCCCAUCACCUUCAAGUGUCUGGAGGAGAACAACAAGGUGGAUAAGCGCAUCACACGGUUUGUGUUACCGGUGGGCGCCACCAUCAACAUGGAUGGAACGGCACUAUACGAGGCUCUGGCAGCCAUCUUCAUAGCCCAGGUUAACAACGUGGAGAUGAACAUAGGUCAGAUCAUCACAAUCAGCAUCACAGCCACUGCGGCAAGUAUUGGAGCUGCUGGGAUCCCACAGGCUGGACUGGUCACCAUGGUGAUUGUGCUGACCUCUGUCGGACUUCCCACUGAUGAYAUUACCCUCAUCAUUGCAGUUGAUUGGUUCCUUGACCGGCUGCGUACCACGACAAACGUCUUGGGCGAUUCAAUUGGGGCAGGCAUUGUGGAGUUCCUAUCUCGACACGAGCUGCAGGCCAAGGAUGUGGAGAUGGGGAACGCUGUGCUGGAGGAGAGGAAGAAACCAUACCAGCUCAUCUCUCAGGAAAACGACUAUGAGAACGCCAAACGCCCGGGCACUGAAACCAAGAUGUAGCUCAAUGCUCACACACACACAUACACAUUUUGGUUCAGUUUUGUUUUUAUUCUUUGUCAUAUUUUUCCAGUUAUUGCCACUGUGCCAUAUUUCCUUUCCUUUGUUAUUUUGUCAUUCAUAAAGUCCCUUUUACAAACAAACAAAUAAUUAUCUCCCUGAAGUGGCCCAAUCAAAUUGCUUACAUCUGCUGCCGCUCUACAAGAUAGAUAGGCUUCCUGUUUUUGUGUUUUUUCUGGCUAUUUUUGUGUUGAGUUAAGUCAUCUUGGCCUAGAAUAAGUACAUGGUAUAAUGGUAUAAGUAAGGAGGAAGUUGAUGAGGGCGUUGAUGUCAGAAAGGUGUUUUGUAAAAAGAUCGAAAGACAACAUAUGUUUGAAUGACUGGACAAGCGAUAUCCUUCACAAAAUGCAACAGAGAACACAUUUCAUUUGAUACUAAUGAAAUUAGGCCCUAAUAUACASUACAUGGCYAAAAGUAUGUGGUCAYCCUUUCAAAUUAGGAUAUUUUAGCCACACCUGUUGCUGACAGGUGUAUAACAUCGAGCACACACCCAUGCAAUUUCCAUAGACA